AUGGCAGCAUCAGAGGAGGAGCUGGAGAGGCUAAAACAGAAGCGGUCAGCAGCCCAGACUGCGUUCACUAGAAGAGCCAAUUACCUCGCCCCCAGAGCUAGUGCACUGGGGGAAAGUGAAAUGAGAAGUGAGUGGAGGAACUUUAAAGUGGAUCACUCCAGAGUCAGAGAUGCAGGGUUUGAGUAUGCCACGGCCCUGCGAGAAGUGGACGACGAUGAAGUAAAAAAGAAGGCGGAAAACGUUGACGGAAAAACAGCAGAAUGUGACUUUAAGUUUGAUGAAACUGAACAAAUCAUCCUGAUCAACUUCUGGACAAGGUUCGCUGAGGCGGAAAUUACCACCCUCACUGAAGAGGCUGGAUCAGCCAUGGACCAGGCCGAGGCAACGGAUCACCACCAUAUGACCAGGAGGGAAUGUGAAUUGAUUCAUAGGAACCUGGAACGGGAGGUCUACAACUUCGAACGAGGAUUGGAUGAGUGGAAAGAUUUGAUCCCUCGGUCCAAGGCAACAGAGUCAAAGGACCAGAUCCGGAAGUUGAAGAAAAGGCGUGAAAACUGUGGGAUGAGUGGGCAUGGAAAGGCGGUUCUCAAUCCGACGACGAAGAGAAACUGGGAAGAGUGAAAAUUGUGGAGCAGGAGGAGCCAGUUGGGGCUUACAACUACAGGCCCCAGAUCAGCCUAGAACGUGCACGCUUGCCCAUGUUUGCUGGUAAUAUGAGGGAUUACUACCGCUGGAAAGCUGAAUGGGAGGACUUGCAACGUCUGGGAAACCCUCAUGGAUUGGAAAAUGUGAGGAAAUUCCAUCUCUUGGGAAGCCUAGAUGAAAAGGUCAAGAGGGACCUCGUAUUGUCCAGCUGUGGAUCCGCCAAUGACGUGUUCAGGCUCCUGGACAACAAGUACGGAAAUAAGCCGAAAAUA